CCACCGCCUUUCCGAGGUGCGGGGCGCCCCCUGCUGCCAGCCGGAGGAGCUCAGAGCCCGCUCGCAGGAGGCCGGGAACAUGGCGGGGCAGUCCAGGAACAUGGCGAGGCAGCCCGCGGCCUCUGGCUCGCCGUCGCCGGACAGGGACGGAACGGAGCCCAACGUCGUGGCUCGGAUCUCACAGUGGGCGGACGACCACCUGCGCCUAGUUCGGAACAUCAGCACUGGAAUGGCCAUAGCUGGAAUAAUAUUACUUCUAAGAAGCAUUCGACUGACGUCAAAAUUUACAAGCUCUUCGGAUAUUCCAAUAGAAUUUAUAAGAAGAAAUGUUAAACUACGUGGACGAUUACACCGAAUAACUGAGAAUGGUUUAGAAAUUGAACAUGUACCUAUUACUUUACCUAUUAUAGCAUCAUUGAGAAAGGAGCCACAUGGUGCUUUGCUGGUUAAGUUGGCCGGAGUAGAACUCACUGAAACUGGGAAGGCAUGGUUACAAAAAGAGCUAAAACCUUCCCAAUUACUAUGGUUCCAACUUCUUGGAAAGGAGAAUUCAGCACUCUUUUGCUAUCUUUUGGUGAAUAAGGGUAGAUAUUUCAACGUGAAUCUGAAUGAAGAAAUUUUGAGAAGAGGCCUUGGCAAAACUGUUCUUGUUAAAGGGCUUAAAUGUGAUUCUAAAAUCUUUUGGACAAUUCACAGAAACUUACUUAAAGCUGAAUUAACAGCCGUAAAAAAAGGAGAAGGAAUAUGGAAGGAAGACUCUGAAAAACAAAGUUAUCUGGAAAAAUUCAAAGAUUCCUGGAGAGAAAUAUGGAAAAGGGACAGUUUUUCAAAAACAACAGGAUCAGAUUUCAACUUGAAAAAAGAAGGGUAUUAUGACAAACUUAGAAGGACUUAUGAAAUAUGGAAAGACAAUAUGAACAACUACUCCUUAAUAUUGAAGUUCAGAGAACUUAUAAGUCGCAUACACUUCCGUAGAAAGGCGUGAAAUAUUCAAGAGAUCUAGAGGUAACCUUCUCCAAAGAGUAAAAUAUGUAAGUAUAUGGACAUUUUUCAUUGACUCAGAAUGGAAGUUUUACCAGCUAAUCAAAGUAUUAGUCUAAUGGUAUUUAAAUAUUAAAAAGAGAUGAUUAUUAUAAUGUCAGAAUUAAUUUAAACAAAUUAUAAUUAAUGUAAUAUGUUUUUAGGGAAAGUGAAACACUUUGUAAGAAGUUAGUAGGCUGAAUGAUUUAUGUAUGUAGUGCUAAUGUGCGAAGAGAAAGUUUAAUUCUUGACCACUGUGUUGUCUUUAGUUAUUUUAGCAGCCAUAUUGAAUUUUUUUUUUUUU